CGUCCUCCGGCGCGACCGGUUUCACAGUGUCGACCCACUUCCGAUUCAAUUACAUAUAUUUAUCUUACCCGGUCAAAGUGACUUUAUAUGUGAGAAAUUUUCUACACAUCUAGUUUCCUUCUCAAUCUUCGAGAUCAGGUAAAAGAAAAGUAAGCAUAAGGAAAAAGGCUUGGCGAUAUGGCCAGCCGGUUGUGGAAGGCGCUGUCCCGAAGGCGGAUAGAUGAAAAUCUUGAGAAUAAAAGCGAACUAGCUCGAGUUUUAGGCUUAUUCGAUCUCACAGCACUUGGCGUGGGUUCGACUCUUGGCCUUGGUGUUUAUGUCCUUGCUGGUAGCAUUGCCAAAGAGACGGCUGGUCCAGCCGUCUGCAUUUCUUUUCUCAUUGCAGCUAUCGCUUCCGGGUUUGCCGGGAUGUGUUAUGCAGAAUUUGCUUCCAGAGUUCCGAAAGCAGGAUCAGCAUAUGUUUAUAGUUAUGUAACAGUAGGAGAAUUCAUUGCUUUUAUUAUAGGGUGGAAUUUAAUUUUGGAGUAUAUAAUAGGUACAGCAAGUGUCGCCCGAGGACUUAGUAAUUAUUUGGAUGCUUUGAUAGGAAAUGUAAUAAGUGAAACAUUGCAUUCUAUGAUGCCUAUAAGCGUUUCGUUUUUAUCAGAAUAUCCAGACUUCUUCGCGUUUACUGUAGUAAUACUUCUCAUAAUAUUACUAAGCGUAGGCGUGAAGGAAUCGUCAAUUUUAAAUAAUAUAUUCACUGUAAUAAACUUGAUGACCAUUUUAAUAAUCAUAAUUGCAGGAUCUAUUAAAGCUGAUCCAGCUAAUUGGAGAAUAUCAAUAAAUGAUAUACCAGAAUCAGAACAACAACAUGCAGGAUCAGGAGGUUUUAUGCCCUUUGGUAUAAGCGGGGUGAUGAUCGGGGCAGCAAAAUGUUUUUAUGGUUUCGUAGGAUUUGACGCUGUUGCUACUACUGGCGAAGAAGCUAAAAAUCCUCAACGCAACAUACCUAUAGCCAUUGUUGUUUCCUUAAUUAUAAUUUUAAUGGCUUAUUUUAGUAUUUCGACUGUAUUAACUAUGAUGUGGCCUUAUUAUGACCAAAAUGCCGAUGCACCAUUUCCAUAUGUAUUCGAUAAAAUUGGAUGGCCUACUAUUAAAUGGAUUGUUAAUAUCGGUGCAGCAUUUGCAUUAUGUACAAGUAUGCUCGGAGCCAUGUUUCCCUUACCGCGAAUACUUUAUGCUAUGGGUAAUGACGGGAUAAUUUUUAAACGACUUGCAAACGUACAUCCGAAAACGAUGACACCUAUUUUCGGUACAGUGGUUUCCGGUUUAUUCACAGGAAUUAUGACACUUAUUUUUAAUCUUCAACAAUUAAUUGAUAUGAUGUCUAUCGGAACGUUGUUAGCAUAUACGAUCGUUGCAAUAUCCGUUUUAAUAUUAAGAUAUCAAGGAAAAGAAUGUACAUCAAAUACUCAGUCUAUAACACCAAUAGAUGGUUAUAAGUUAACACCACUUAAUAUUUUAAAACAAAUUGUCAAUUUGCAGAAUCAAAAAGAAGUAACUGAGAUGUCUAUUAAAGUUGCAAAAUACAGUAUUGCAAUUUUAUGUGUCGUUAUAUUUAUUACUGCAUUUUUCAUUAGUUAUGUUGAUACCGAAGUAUUUGGCAAGAAUGUAAUAGAAUCUGUGAUAUUAAUAGUACUUGUAAACAUAUUAUUAUUAAUCAUAAUUAUUAUUGCAAGACAACCUGUUCAUGAAAUUGAUCUAGCAUUUAAGGUACCAUUAGUCCCACUUCUUCCAUGUUGCAGUAUUUUUAUAAAUUUAUAUUUGAUGUUGCAAUUAGAUGCUUUCACUUGGAUGAGAUUUUCUAUUUGGAUGGUUAUAGGUCUUACUAUUUAUUUCUUUUACGGCAUAUCUCACAGUGAACAAGGAAAAAAAGAUAAAAUUGAAGCUGAAAUGAUAAAACGAAAAUAUGCUGACCAAGUUAGGAUCGUAACCAGAUUCUAAUAAUAAUAUUCUUGCUACGUGAUAUUUUUUUGUACAUUUAAAUAAAAAUUUGCUCUAUAAA